AUGGAGCGAUCCCUAGAGGCAUUCUUCCCUGAUGAAGCCAGUGGCGGCAUUUUCUCCAGGACGGGCGCCAUAUUCGGAGGCGGGAACAAGACGCCAACAUCCACGCGACCCAGCACCAGCAGCAGCGGUUCCGGGCGAACAAUCAACACCUCCCAGUCAUCGACGGGCUCGAACACCACCACCGCCUCGACGGCCACCAGCAGCUCGGGCCACUCGCGCAAACCCUCGUUUUCGCGACUCACGAGAUCGCCUCCCAAGCCGCCGACGCCCGCAGCGCGCUCCCCAUCCUUCACCACCGCGUUCGUCGUACCUAGCUUCAUCACUGCGGAUUCGAGUCGACAACAACCCCCCGUCCCCGUCAGGACCGCCAACGGCCGCAAGGCUUCGAUCGCUUCGCUUCAAUUGAGGGGCGAUAAGGGCCGCGGCAGUGGGGAAGUCGCCGGCGUCGCAGCGUCGGAGAGAGAGUCGUGGUCUUCCACCGCGGCGUUUAGCAAGAUGAUUACCGUGCCGUUCAGUCAGGGCGGAGAGAUCAAGCAGAGGUCGGGGAGCUCGGCGGGCGCCAAUGGCAUGGCUCCUCUGUCUGCGACUAUUUCGAAUACGCCGGCUAGUCCGUCGGUUGAAAAUAUUACAUAUCAGCAUAUACAGGACGUGGCAUCGAAGAGAAUAUCUACGCUGGACUAUUUGAGGAGAGCUCAUGAGGGGAGUGUAUACUGGUUCAAUACUUUACUAUUCAACAAGGCCGACCUGGCCCGGAUGCCAUAUUUCGACCAGAAGAAGCUCGCCAGACGAGCCACGAACUAUCUACUUUUGGGCGUGUCACUGCCUACAAUACUCGACCUCAAUUCCUCCAAUGCCGUCGAGUUCCUGAGGAGUCUCAACGCGCUCCUCGCAGAAUUCGAGUCCUAUCAACUAGCACAUCCCCCAGAUGGUUCCUCUGGGUCCCUAUCACGAGGACGGCUACCGCAGAUGUUCAAGCGUGCGGCGAUCUCAACGAACUCCAAGGGCAGGCGGACAAGCUCAGCUGCAGAUAUUGGCUUGCCAAUGGGCAGCGAACCGGACCUGAAGUCAAUCGCUGGCAUGUCCACCACCGGUAUUGUCGCUGCAUCGUUUCCCGCGAGUGAAAACGAUUUGCUUCCUGGCGAAGACUACACUUUACUUAUUACGCCCUCGCUACCCUUCGAACCGGACUUUUACGAGACAUUCGCAACCCUAUGUGAUGUCUUGAUCGACUGCUAUACGAGACUUAUGAGCUUGCUAGCUUCGCCGAAGGACUGCAAUACGCUUAUAGCCGAUAUGUUCUCCAAAGCCGAUGGCAGGGUCAGGAAGAUCAUAGUCCAGGGCGUGGUGAAGGAGUUUGAGGACAGUUGCAGGGUUGGCGCAAAGAGAGAGGUUGCGAGCAUUGGAAAGGUCGUUUUGGGAGGUCUGAUGUGACGCAUAUCAACAACUAUCUAUUGGGAUACUAGGCGUACUGGGCGCAUCCCAUCGAUCCAGGUCAUGAUAAGGAGCAUUGGCAUGGUUUCACGACGGAGUUGCAAGUGUGUUUAAAAUAAGGGUCUUGCAGUUAUUUUUUGGUUUAAUUUGUUUAUGUAUUCGUGAGCACAGCAUUUCAAAAGAUAUGCUUGAAAUAUGCUCUAAAAAAAGCAAUCUAGAGCAAAAGAACGUCCCAAGACAAGAGUUUUUAUCAGAUACCAUAACGCAUUUUGUGUCAACAUCGGAAGUCCCGCUUUUUACACGGUCUCCCUCAGUGCUUGACUCUAUUUGGUAAUCAUCAUAUAAAACCCCUCUCCUUAAGAGAAUCCGGCUCCUUUGACAGAGCAUCUGAGCCGUCUCAACCGCAUCCCGCCAGGCAUAGGCACUGCCCAUAACAGGCAGGAGGCCCAGAGUGUUGUGCCCGGCAGUUCAGCAGUGUGAUCCAGCCCCGCUUUCCAUAAGCUACAGAUCCAAAAGUAGUGUGAACUCCUCGUGUCAAGAAUAAGCCCCAUCGAGUUACCCCCCUCGACCAACCGUGAAGCUGGCAAGAAGGGCAAUCGCAUAACUAUCACUCUCGACGAAAGCCUCCCCCCUCCCAUAAGCCCCAACGCAGGCCCAGUGCACUUCCCCGCCUCCCCGCAGUCGUUGCAAAUUAUCUACCGCAACUGAGAUCAGAGGAGCUCGGACUCAUAUCUUCAUCCAUAAGGUCUCCCCCUCCCCCAGCAGCAGCGAUCAAAAGCGCGGAAAUCGAGUACAAGCGACGGACAAGGUCGAUCUGAAGAAAGGUAAGGAGAGGAGAAAUGAAGCCGCAGUGCUUCUAUGGCGGCGCGUUUCCGCGUUCCUUUAAUUCACGAGUGUAGAAAAGGUCGUCCGGGGACUUUCUCCCAAAGCAUCGACUAGCCUAUGGAUGGGCUGAGAGACAACGUAGUGUGUCUGCUCCGUUUGUGUGCUUCGACUGCGAUCCUUUGAACGAGGAGUUGGAGAGGGAAGACGGUUGG